CCUCGGUCCCGCCGCCACACGCCGCGGGAGCUCGGACCAGGCGCCCGUCCCUCCUCCUCGUCCCUCGCCGAGGCCGCGAAGCCCCGAGCCGUCAGGAGCCCGGUGCUCACCAUGUCGGUCGCGCUCAGCAACAGGUUCCAAGGAGGGAAAGCGUUCGGCUUGCUUAAAGCCCGGCAGGAGAGGCGGCUGGCGGAGAUCAACCGGGAGUUUCUCUGUGACCAGAAGUAUAGUGAUGAAGAGGACCUGCCAGAAAAGCUUGCAGCCUUCAAAGAGAAGUACAUGGAGUUUGACCUGAACAAUGAGGGAGAGAUUGACCUGAUGUCUUUAAAGAGGAUGAUGGAGAAGCUUGGGGUCCCCAAGACCCACCUGGAGAUGAAGAAGAUGAUCUCAGAGGUGACAGGUGGGGUCAGCGACACCAUUUCCUACCGAGACUUUGUGAACAUGAUGCUGGGGAAACGGUCGGCGGUCCUCAAGCUAGUCAUGAUGUUUGAAGGAAAAGCCAACGAGAGCAGCCCCAAGCCAGUUGGCCCCCCUCCAGAGAGAGACAUUGCCAGCCUGCCCUGAGGACCCCAGCCUGGACCUGACCCACUCUCCCCACUCCUCUUCCUCCCUCCUGGUCUCACUGCCCUUCUUGACUUGUUGUGAUGUGUCUUGUUUGUUUUGUUUGGUCGUUGUGUGUCUGUUUGUUUUUUCAUCAGCAGAAUCAGUGAUCUCUUUGUGAAGCACAAAUUAUCUGCCUUAAAGGGGCUUUGGGUGGGGGAAUCCUGAGCCUUGGAUCACGCCUCCCUCUUUUCUUCCCUCCCCGUCCUCUCCUUGUGCGGAAGGGCUGACGUUAAACCAAAAACCAGAGGGGGCAGGGCCAGAACAGAGAGACUGAAGGCUGUGAUUCCCACACUUGAAGCUGGCACUGUCUGUCCUUCUAGGAGGUCUCUGAGCUAAGUCCCAGAACCCUGGCCUGGCCCUGGUGAGGACCUCAGCCCACUUUAAGAAGCCUCUGGAGUCAAGAUAAGGCUGCAGGACCUCAUUAGGGUUUCCCUGGACAGCUCGGUGGUUCCAGGUCUCAGGUGGACCAUGAUGUGGCCACAUGGUACCCCUCCUCCCCAGCUGGUCCCCCCUCGAUCCAUGCUGCCUCUCAUCCUCAGUAAGGUUACAGAAGGAGAGGGGCUUGGCAAUUUGAGCCCUGCAAGGAGGUUCCAGGAGGAAUCCUCUAGCCUUUCCCCCUGGCCACACUUUUACAGGCAGCUCAGAGGGAAGGUGCAGCCCCCCUGACUCUUGCUGGGGCAGCAAUGGGCUUCAGAGGUAGAGGGGAUCCAGAGGCCUUUGGCAGGGAUUCAGCUCAGUCUAGUCCCAUCUUUUAGGGAGGAUGUUGAGGGCAACAGGGUAGGAGAAUGAGGGCUUAAAGGCUCAUGGCAAAGAGGCAGCACCGCUCUUAAGCCAGGAGCUGAGGAACGGGUUCUCUUUCUGAUCCCAACAUGCUUGAAACCAGACUGUGCUUCCCCAUCUGCCUUCACACCUUACUGACGCCAUUCGUUCAUUCACCCUUCAUUCAUUCACUCAGUCAUUCAACAGAUAUUUAUUGACAACCUGUUACAAGCUUUAAGUCCCCCCACUUUGUCCCGGCAUGCGCCGUGUCCGCUGUCUAUUUCAUCACUCUGUUUCCAAAUCACCCAAAACCUUGAGCUUGGGGAUUGGAUUAGGGUCACCUGUGUUCUUUAUUAUGGACUAGGGUUUCCUAGCCCUGAUCCACCCUGUAAGUUAGCUGGGCCAGGCCUUUCAGUUCACAGGUGAGAAAACCCUGGUGGCCCACAGGGAUUAAGUGCCUUGCCCAAAGUCAUGGGUUAAUCUGGAGAUGGAAGAUCUGGAUUGGAGCCCUGGUGUUCAGAUGCCCUGCCCACGCCUCACCUCUGCUCUGGGCUGCCUCUGUCAGUGAUGAAAACAUGGGAAGGGGCAGGGAAGGGCAAUCUCCUGAGUCAACCCUUGGGGAAGGCCCUGGGCCAGGACUCACCCUUCUCAGUGCCUCCAGGCAGCAUCAGGGCUUGGGUAAGGGCCAGGCCUGCUUCUGCAGUUUUGCCUUUCCCAGAGCUUCCUGCCCAAGACACUUCCCAGAACUCAAGCAGGAAGGUUAUCACACUGGCCCCAUCUUGGCUGUGCAGGGACCCCAGCCUUGACCCCAUCUGUAUUCUGCACUUAGAUGCACUCAUCCAUUGAACAUAUUUCUUAAGCACCUGUUAUGGGCCAAGAGCUAAGAACCCAGUAGUAAAAUGGACAGACUCAUGGAAUUUAGAGAUUAGUGGGAAAGUCAGACCCCAGCGACGACCAGUGAGAUGUUAGGAAAGAGGAGGAUAUGGAGGUGACUCUAUUGCAAUCCUGGGGAGCUAACUGGGCACAAGACCGGGCAAAAGUCUUGGAGAAGCCUUUGCAGAGCCUUAAGGAGAAGUCUGGGAGCUACUGGGAAGUUGGAGCCAGGGUGAGCUCCCUGAGGCUCCUUUGACCCAUAAUCACGAGCCCAAGGAACUGGAGGGAGUGGAGCAGAUAGGGGAUGGGGAAAUGGCCAGGUUGGGUUAAUCCACUGGUCUUAACCAGUUCAGGAACAAGAUUAUUUGGCUGUGGCUGGCUGGUCUUCAGCCUAAGGAGCUGCUUCCAAUGCACAAGCCUAGUUGAAGUUUAAACUCCAGCAAAACAUUCCUCCCUGUAAAUGUAAAACUUCACCCCUACUCCCUCCCCUGCCUUUUUCCCCCAUUGAGAUCCUUAGAUGAGCAACCAUCCUGUUUCCACCCCUUCCCAUUGCCUCUCCUCUCUGGGACAGGAGCCCUUUGAGCAAGGUAACACCUUUCUUGACUUCCAGCAUAGCCAGUGUAUCUGCACCUCACUCAGACAGGAGGGCAGGACCAACUAGGCUUAUUUCAGUGGGUUUCACAGUUUACAAGGCUGCAGGAAGCCUCCUUAAGGGAGGAGAGCAAGUGGGUGUGUCCCCAGCUUCUAGAAAGGGCAGGAAGGAGUUCUCAUUGGAUGGGUAGUGUUCUAGGAAACCCCGCCAGUUCCUUCACCAUUUCUUGGAAUUCAGCUUCUGGAGGGAGAGGGUCUCAAGAGUGGUCCCUGGGAAGGGGGAUCUGUAUGUAUUUCAAGUUGUGGCUGUUAGCUCUAGGACUCUCACUUCUCUGGCUAAGGGCUCAGCUGCUUAGAAUUUCAGCUGUCUUCUUUCUGAAAGACCAAAUCUAACUAAUGUAACCAGCGACUUGGGGACUGCCAAGUAUGGCUUUGUCCCUGCCAUUUAAAAGGAAGGAGUGUGUCAGGCAAGUUCAGUGGAUGCAGUAUGUGAGUGUGUGCGUGUGCAUGUGUGUGGUGCCGGACAUCUCUCUACAGACUGGAAAUAAAACAAACUUAUCAACA